GGCGUCUAUAGCGCGAGGCUCAGUGAGGCACGAUGGUGGUGACGUGAGGAAGUGUUGUCAUUUAAAGAUACAGCCAACAUGACCUCCAUCAAGAAGAUCCCCAACGUGUUGGGGACGAGGAGGAGCAAUACAUUGGACCAGGAGCGGGAGCAGUUUGAGAAAGCUCAGGAAGCAAGCUUUAAAAAGGCAACAAGUGAUGAAGAGAUGCCAUUAAAAAUGAAACAUGUGCGUAACCUCAUCAUUGGCACAUUCACUGACAAGAAUGCAGACCUUUUCUGGCGCAAUGUGGGCACAACUCUGCCUAUUAAUACUGAUGUCACAGCAUGGAAAUUCUGCCAUUGUCUGCAUAUCAUGCUUCGUGAUGGCCACCCAAAUGCAUUGCAGGAUUCGCACCGCCACAUCAGCCGAAUUAAGGAUACGGGACAGCACUUUCGGCACUUGACACACGGCUAUGGACGACUCAUCAAGAGAUACUGUGAAUUAUUAGUUGCUAAGCUCCACUUCCAUCAACACUAUCCUCGUUUUCCUGGGACUCUCUCUGUCACUCCUGAGGAGUUGGAGGCCCUGGCUGAAAAUGAUGCCAAUAAUUAUUUUGAGUUAGGAGUAGAGAUGUUGGAGUACCUAGAGUGUAUCCUGAACUUGUAUGAAGCAGUUUUUUCUUCACUGGACCCAUCCCGAGCAAACUCCAUGACAAGGUCUGGACAGUGUCGUCUGGCUCCUCUGAUCCCUUGUAUUCAAGAUUCUUCUUGCCUUUAUGACUGUAUUGUGAGGAUACUCUUCCAGCUUCACAAAGUUCCCACCAAAAGUAAUGCGACAAUACCAUCCCUGCCAACAGACAUGCUAACAGGCCACCGUACAAGGUUUUAUAAACAGUUUGAGAUCCUCAAGCAGUUUUACAACAAUACUAGAAAUUUACAAUAUUUCAAGGGUCUAAUCCAAGUACCUGCUUUGCCUGAGGAUCCACCUAACUUCCUAGUUGAGGCAGAGCUAAGGAGCCAUGAAACUCCAGUGGUGGUGGUAGAAGAGCAGCCUGAUAUGCCAGAUACAUCAGACAUGUUACUGAUAGACACAUCUGAGACAGAGCCACCACCAAUCCCUCCACAUCCCAAUCUCAAUGAGUCACACAAUGGGUCCCUGGUGGAGGUGGUUGCAGAGCGAGAAUCCUUGAUAGAAGCCCUUCACAGGGAACUAGAAGCCAUGAGAGCCGAGGUGCAACAUGCACGUUCUGAGGCUACACACAGCGAGGACCAGAUGCGUCUUCGUAUAAAUGACCUUGAGUCAACAAUAGCUGAGUUGGAUAGUGAACUUCUGGCAGAAAGACAAAGCAAGGAGUCCAUCAUGGCCCAGGUGGAGGCAGCAGCAGCUAGUGCUGAAGCUGUCACUUUGUUGGCUCAGGAAGAGACACGUAGGCGAUCAGCUGAAGAAAAGUUUGUGAAGAUGAAAGAUGUCUAUCAAAAGCUUCGUGAUGAACAUAUCAGUCUGAUCCGCGGGAAAGCUGAAUUAGACAAGCAACUUACUGUAGAGAAGGAAGCACAUCAUGUUACACAACAGGAAAAGGAUGCAGCUGCCUCUGCCCUAGCUAAGCUGCAAGCCCAGAUGACAUUUGAAUCACAGGCUCACCUCACAGAUACAGAAUUAGCAAGACAGGAAAAGGAAUCCUUGUGCAACCGUCUUCAGUCACUGACUUCAGAGAGAGAAGACAUGUCAGAGCAGAUUAAGAUGCUGGAAGAAAACCUAUCUCAGCUAAAUAAUAAGAUGGAGAGUCAAGCAAAACAAAAUACAGCAAAGUUGUUGGCAGUCCAGAAUGAAUGGGAAGUAGGGACACAGCAAUGUGUGCAAGGUGCUGUGGAUGGGGCAGUAUUGGUUCUUACUCACACACUCUCACACUUUGACCAUGAUGCGCAUACUGACAUCAAAUGCACACCAGAAUAUUCACUGAGCUACCAAAGUAUGAUAAUAGAGUCUCUGGAAAGUUUGGCCAAAGCAUGUGAGGACUACCAAAAUGAUAUCCAUACUGCUCCAUGCCUCAUUACCUGUAUAACUACAUCUACCCACCAAGUGGCUUCUUUCCUCCUGUAUGCCAAAGCCACUUCACAUGCCAGCCCAAACAUAGAGAUUGCUGAACACCUUGUGUAUGCCUUGGAGGAGUUUGCAAAAUUAAGUAUGGAUACAUACAAGAAGUUGCAGAGGAGAGAAGAUUCUGUGGAUGUAAACUCACUCAGAAAACAAUUUGAGAGAUGCUGCCUAUUAGUGAGUCAGUGUGAGGACCGCAGCCCUGGAGAGGAGGAUGUGGCAUUAACAGUUGAGAGAGAAAUGGAUAAGAUGGAGACUGCUAUCAAGGAUGCAGUGGAGCGUUUCACAGCCAUGUUGGAAAACUCUCGAGCUAAGGACACUGGCACCCAGCUUGAGGUUAAUGAAAGCAUCCUGGGGACAUGCAGUGACUUGAUGGCAGCUGUAAGACAGCUUGUGCGGCGAGGUGCUGAGCUACAGAAAGAAAUAGUGGACUCAGGGAGGGGAGGAGCAUCUCCCAAGGAAUUCUACAAACGCAAUCAUCGUUGGUCUGAAGGAUUAUUAUCUGGAGCAAAAGCAGUAGCUAUUGCUUGCCAAGCUCUCAUGACUGCUGCUGAUCAGGUCGUUAGUGGAAAAGGAAAGUUUGAAGAAGUUAUUGUAUCUUCACGUGAGAUUGCAGCAUCUUCCAUGCAGUUAGUGAUGGCAUCCAGAGUAAAAGCUGACAGAUCAAGUGAAAAGCUACGCAACCUGAAUGUCACGGCAAAAACCAUCUCCACCCUUACAGGGACUGUGGUUGCUACUGCAGAAAAUUGUCGAGACAAAAUUGCUAUUGCCAACACAUUAGACUUUUCCAAGCUAAGCCUUCAUCACACCAAACGAAUGGAGAUGGAAACUUUAGUCAAAGUUUUGGAGACUGAGAAGCAUCUGGAAGAAGAGCGCUCCAAACUCUCUGAACUUCGCAAACACCACUACAAAUUGGCGGGAGAAAUUGAGGGCUGGGACCAGGAAGAGCAGAGCUGAGUCCAUAUGAUUAGUUCAUCAAAAGAGCACUGGUUGAGUGGAGCCUUUGUGGAUAUUCACUCUUGAUAUUCAUAAUUACCUUUGCACAUUAUUUCUUUUUUGAAAGAAUGAAAGGCACAAUUGUUGUAAUUUGUACCUUACUUAAAAUAUCAGCUAUAUUAACUGUAUUAUAUAAAGCAAUCAUAACAUUGUUGCCUUUUUGUAUUUUGAUAAAUCAAAUUAUAUAUAUAUAUAUAUAUAUAUAUAUAUAUAUAUAUAUAUAUAUAUAUAUAUAUAUAUAUAUAUAUAUAUAUAUAUAUAUAUUAAUCCUGAUUGCACAAUUAUCGUACAAUUAUUCAUGUUGAUGUGUGAUGCAUUAGCAAGUAUACUUGGCCAGUCAAAUAUGUUUUUAUAAACACAUAUAUUCUUAUUCCCACAUGCUGUUUGUCAUACAUCAACCAUAAAUUAGCUUAUGCAAAUCAUACUGGUACUUUUGUUGAAUGAAGCUGAAAUUUUUAAAUGAGUUUUCUUUGAUUUCUUUUUAACAUAAAAUUAUAUAUGCAUGUAUAUACAUGUAUCAUAAAAUACUGUUAUAAUAAAUUAGGCUCACUGUGCCACUUGUGGCAGAUUAUUAGGAAUGUUAACCAUCUGUAGGUACUCUUUCAGGGGUAUUUAGAUGAUACAGCAUCCUUCAUUAAUACACUAUCCCAAAUUAGUAAAUAUGUUGACAAGAGUCAUUUCAAUGCAUGUAUGUAUUAUUUUCUCUCUCUCUCUCUCUCUCUCUCUCUCUCUCUCUCUCUCUCUCUCUCUCUCUCUCUCUCUCUCUCUCUCUCUCUCUCUCUCUCUCUCUCUCUCUCUCUCUCUCUCUCUCUCUCUCUCUCUCUCUCUCUCUCUCUCUCUACAAAGGUUGUGCAAAAUUGUGGGAGUUUAUUCCCAAACUCUUUCUUUACUCUAUAUUAUGAAGAUUGGUUUUGAAAAGAAAAUUGAAACGUAGAAAUUGUUUAUACAAUUAUAUCUUUUAUUGCAUUUAUUCAGUGUAACCUUUAUUUUUACUUUAGUACUUUAAGAUGUGAGUGUAAGAACAAGUAGUUGUGCUUCAUCCACUGUGUUGUCAUGUUGUGUGCAAUAUGUUGUAUAGUUAUACAUCAUGACUUGUUACAAGAUUUGCACACUGUUAUUGUGUGAUUAUUCAAACUUUUGUAACAGCAUUACUAUGUAACUAAGUUGAGUGUCCUGAAUGAAAAUAACCAUGAUCAACUUUGGUACAGUAGGAACUGUGAUGCAAGGUAGGUUCCAUAAAAGGUUGGAUAAAUGACUGGCUCAUUGGGAACAUAAAAUUCUUUGAUACAGUACAAUCAUUCCUGCUUCAAAGACAUAUCAGCCCUGACUAUUCAUAGAUUGGGAACAAACAAAUUAUGUAUUGUAGUAAUAUAUUAAGUAAUUUUGACACUAUAAGUGUAUAGUAUGUGAGAUCCAUUUAAUUUGUAAUCAGUUGGUGCCAUUGUUCAUUUGCCCAGCUCUUCAUAAAUAAAAAGGAAAUGAAUGAAAAGCACAAAUAUACAAAUAUAUGCAUACCAUGAAGUUGAAACAAAACUUGUAAUUAAUGCCACUAAAUUAAUGGUAUGUGAAAUUGUAUGUACUCUUCUAAUCAAUUCAUAAUAGCAAAGCUUUACCCAUCUUGCUAUUCAAUGACCAGUUCUUGACUUGUCUUCUCACUCAUUACAGUUUGUGAAAAAGAAUGAUGCAUAAGGUAUUGACUUAGAUACUAGAAAGCAACAAUAUUUUGUCUGCUGCAGAUUUGAAGGAAAUGCAAGAAAAGUUAUUACCCACAUGUCUGCAAUUUCACACUGUUUUGACUUUGAUUAGGAACUAGUGCCAGAUUUGAACUUGUAUUAAUUAUAAUGUAUUUCCUUUAAGUUAUUGUAAUAUUUGUAAUUAUGCAUACUGCUUGAAAACUUCAAAAUCAAAAUUUUCAAAUUGCUGUGUACCAAAAUGAGUUCCUACUGUAUCACAGUCAUACUUUAGUUACGGAUCAUCCAAUUGAGUAGUUUAACAACAAUAACCAUUAAUACCGUGCAGGAAAAAUUUUAUUUGUAUACUUACCAUAAGUUCAUUUUACCUCACUUCAUCUAAUAUUUACUUGACAUUGUUCUCUCUUUUUUUCUUUUAAGAGAAUGUCAGCUUGGUUCAAAAUUUCAACCAUUACACUGCUUUUUAAUUUACCAUAAAUGUUGGUGUAGCUACAAGAAAUUUUAGUUAAAAUUUAUAUUUGAUAAAUCCUUGUCAUUAAUAACCAUGUAUGAGGUAAACUCAUUAUUAAGUGGGUGGAAGCCUGGAUCUAAACUAACAUUCUGGAUUUGUCAAAAUGCAAUGAUUUAAAUGGUGAACUGAGAUGACAAACAAACAAAAUUACAAAAUAUGAUUUCCAUUGUUUUAACUUGGAAUUUUAUGGUCCACAUUCAUGCACAUUGCAUAAAUUUUCAUUCCAUAUACCUUUUAUAUGAUGCAGUUUCUUAAUUUUUAUAUAAGAUCUAAGAGUUAGCUGGCUUGAUUAGAGACAAUAUCACCUGCCAAGAUAUGCUGGCUUGAGUUUCAGCACAAUUAUAUAUGACCAUAUGAGGUAAAGGAUCAGAAUAUAUAUAUAUAUAUAUAUAUAUAUAUAUAUAUAUAUAUAUAUAUAUAUAUAUAUAUAUAUAUAUAUAUAACAACUUCUAUACCAUUUCAAAUUCAUUUUCUCUUGUAUGCCAACAUCUAUGGUAUCUUGGAUUAUGAAAUUUAGAUAUUUGCCAUAUUUCAUGCUUCAUUAGUAGCCUUCUUCAUGUAACAUGGAGCAAUGAGAAACUAUAUUAAUAUAAGAAUGUUGUUUACACCUCAAUGAGAAGUAAUAGAUACACUUCUCUUUAACCAUUGUGUUCACCAUAGUCAGAAAGGUACCUCAAGUCCUGUUAUGUGGUGCUUCACCCAAAUAUGUACACUAGUACAUAGUUACAAAUUGUAGAUUAUUUUUUAUAAUUGCAAAUUGUAUUGUUAAAUGCUGGAUUUUUAAAAUUAUUGGGAGGAUAUAUUUAGUAUUUAUCAUGAGACUAAAAGAUAUUUAAAUUUAAUGAAUCUUUUAAGGGAUGGCUCCCAUAAUGUUUUGAUGUAAAUGUGGAGUCAGUAAUUUAAGAUGUGUAUGUAUGGUACGGCUCAAGAAACACAGAGGAACCAAACUCCUAACCCUUUACCCUACCCCAGGGAGGUACUGGCUUUAACUGUACAGAAAGUUCGUCUUUUACUCAUGUUUACAUUAUGCAUACAAACAGUAGCAUAUAUUAUCUUCAUCAAGUUUACACUAAUAGCAUAUAGGCCUGUAUUGUGCAUCUAUUCAUGCACUAGCACAACUUUCACCUGUCACCUGCAGCUUCAGUCUCUUUUCUGUCAGUACCAAGUAAUUGUGCUCAAUGGCAUACUGUAAUGCCAUCUUUAAUGUACUGCUUUGAUGAUUAUAUAUAUAUAUAUAUAUAUAUAUAUAUAUAUAUAUAUAUAUAUAUAAUAGGUGUCCAGCAAAUAGGAAAAAAAAAUUCUCAGGUCCUUAAUGUUUUACAGAAGUCAUGAAGAUGAAUUAAAUUUUAAAGUAUGUACGUAUUAGAAAAUAAUGAGUGGAACUCAUAAUUGAUAAUGAACUUUUGUUGUAGUUGACUGGGAACACAUUGCAUACCACUCAUUACAUUACAAUUUUAUGAUUGAUGUGCCUGUGGUACAUAAAAUUGGUAAUAAUCAUCAGUAACCUCUAUAAUUCCACUGUAGUGCAUGAGAUAGAGGCCUUCUCAACUUUCCAUUUCAGUUGGUCAUCUAUUUGGAGUCAUCCUAGCAACCUUAUUUCUGUAUUUAGUUUUCUGCUCAUCUUGCAUACAGUAUAUCUCAUGGUCCUUUCUGUUACACAUAACAGUUUAACAAAAUAUGUAAUAGGUGAAAGUUAUUGCAAUAAUUGAUCACAUUGAUGGUAUUGGAUUUUGUAAAAUUUAGAAUAUCAACAGUUAUUGCUAGUAUUGAAAUGUUGGAUUUAUCAAUUUAUCAGUUUUUGGGCAAUACAUUUAUUGCCAGUAAUCGAUUAUUGGUUAUCACCAAUAACAUCAUUGCAAUAUUUUUUUUUCAGUUAUUGAACCCAGCUAUGGUUGUUUACUUUUAUACACUUCCUCAUCCAUUGAAUGAAACCAUGAAUUAUUAUUUGUUCACUUUUAGGUUGUUUUUGUGUUGAUAGCAGAUUUAUUUAUAGUUAGUAAACUUUUUUUACUUUGAAAAACAACCUUGUUAGUUACCAUUUUUUUUUUUUAGAUGGAAUCAUGUAUUUCGCAUUAUAUCACUAACUCUCCACAUACUUAACGUUGUGCAAAAGACGAACCUACUGUAUGUUAUGGUUAGGUCAGUUGUGAUAAUAAUAAUACUAUAUUCAUAAAUGUGUAUGUGUAAUAUCUGGAUUAUAAGUUGCUUAGAUUCCUCAUUAUAUGGGGUCAUGUUUCUUGCCCAUUAUGAUUUAUUAAUAUUGGCUGUGAAUCUGUCAGCCUAAAUAGUUGGACUCCUUUCUGGCCAAAACAGUUCACACAAGUAUCUUUGUAACCUGAAGACUUGUCAUUAUCAAUACUUUGUGGUGACUGAUAACCUGGAUGAUAAUGACCUGUCCUUAAAUAACUGUUUGGUAUUUUUCAACAAAGAAAAGGAACAUGAUCAUCCCAUUGCUUACAUGUGCUGCCUUAGGUAGUACAUAAUAACUAAAUAGUAAUCUGUAUUAUUCACAUUGUUACACUGAUUUUUAAUACAGUAUUUUAAAAAUAAGUAGUUUUUCAUACCAGUAGUAAAGUAAUUAAGUUUUCUUUAGCUGACUGCAUAGAUUCCCAUUGCAAAUAUCAUAAAGGAACCUGUUAUGUAGAGGAAUGUUUAUAUUUCAUGAAAAGUUUAGGAAAAGUAUGUUGUUAUUCUUAUAUAUGGACAUAUUCAACAUUUUUGCCACAAAUGUUUAUGAAAGAUGUAAGAGUAUAUGAUUAUUGUAUUAACAUUUAUGAAAAAUAAUCAUGCUUAUGUUAAGAAAGCACAGAGCAGAUGACUUAAUUAUGUACAAAGAAGAAAGAUCCUACAAUAACAAAUAACCUUAAAAGAAGAAAAAUGAUAAUAAUAAUCUCCAGUUCAGAACAAGUUUAGUAACCUAGAACCUUUAACUAGUUUACAGAAACAUGGAUUUUAUUUAUGAAGAGCAGCCAUCUUUCCCAAAUGUAAAUGUUACAUGUGGUUGUGUGUGUGUAUACAGAUUGCUGAAUAUUUUAAAAAUGUUAAAUUUAUAAAAUGGGUUGAGAUGAUUUCAUAUAAAAAUACAGACAAAGAAAUUAAUCUACAUACAGUUUACUAAUAAAUCUAUACAAGCAAAA